AUGAGCAGUGAUAUCCAUCGACUUACAGGAAGUACCGUACUCGCCGAUCGAAAGCAUAUGAGCAACAUUUCACUUGAGACUGAGUGUCUGGAUAAUUUCGAAGAAUAUCUUCCACAGAAGCCCCGGUCAUCAUCGACACAUAUCGAACGUGUAAUAAGCCGUCUGUUGCACGUGUUGGUGUAUAGUAUGAAAGCGACGGCCCCGAUUAUUGUCGUUGUUGGGUCAGCUCCGACAGGCCUUGAAACGGAUACUGAUACGGGUGUUGGUGCAGAUCCCGAUACGACCGUCGACCUGGGUGCUGAAACGGGUGUUAGCGCAGGUACUGAAACAGAUGUUGGCGCGGGUGCUGAAACGGACGUUGGCACGGGUGCUGGGGAAGGUACUGAAGCAGUAGACGUUGAAACGGGUGUCAGCGUGGACGCCAAUGCUGGCGUUGUACCUAGCGCUGUGGUUGCUACUAGUCGGGCAGGCAUAGGAGCUAUAGGCACAGGAGCUGGCGUUGUCUUAGAAAGUGAUUGA